GUAGAAUCGAAGAAAGUAGAUACCUUCAGUAAAGGCACAAAAUAUGUAUCAAACUGUUGCGUGGGAACCCUUGGGGCAAUACGAAUCCGUCAGGCGUCAAUUUUUGGAUAAACCCGAUUUGUUGCAUGGCUUUACAAAUCUUAACAAAGGUUAACUGGUAUUAAAAUGACUUCUCAAGGCAGAUUUUUAAUCUUUGUGUAUGGUACUUUAAAAAGAGGCCAACCGAAUGAAGCUCAGUUUGCAAACAGUAAUGGAUUGGCUUUGUUUAAAGGUUCAGGCAAAACCACAGAGAAAUAUCCAUUAGUGAUUGCUUCGCAGUAUAAUAUACCAUUUUUACUGUUUAAACCAGGCUCAGGUCAGAAUAUUGAAGGGGAAGUUAUGGAGGUAGACAGUAAAAUGCUGAGUCAUUGUGAUAAAUUUGAAGGCCAUCCAGACCUAUAUGAAAGAUUGGAAACCGAGAUUAGUCUUGUAACAAAUGAGAAAGAUGAAGCCCUACCUCAACCCCAGAAUUUUACUUGUUGGUGUUAUUUUCUCAAGAAAUAUCAACCUAAGUUGUUAGAUUUACCAUAUUUAGAGACAUAUAGAUCUACACCAGAAUUACCAUAUGUACAAAGGUAUGAAAGAGACAGCAAAAAUGGUCAUCUAUACAAAGAUGACGUGUAUCAAAAUUAGUAAUUCCCUGGUAAACUGUGUGCUUCAAGAAUAUUUGACUUCUCCCGGAUAUGAAGUAGUUAAUGUGUUUAAAGAUGUUUUAUGUAAGAGCGAAAUCUGCUGAUGUAGACAUUGGGCUGGGCCUUAAAUUUUAUAUCAAUUAUUAAUAAGACAUUUUUUCCCAUGCCAAACCCAUAAUCAACUCUCUAGAACAUCGGAUGGUUUUGAUUAUCAACUGAUUUAAACAUGAUUACCAGUUAAUAUUUAAUUAAAAAAUGGAUAAUCAAGACUUAUUUAUUAUCAUAGCAAUGACAAUCGAGACUAUACUGUCCUUCUACGACAUAACUUCUCUCAGGGGGGUUGGAUGGCCGAAUGGUUAGCACGUGCAUGCUGUAUCAUAAAGCCUGUCAUUGAGUCAACUGGCGUGGUUUAGAAUCCCCGGUCGUACGUGACAAGGAGUAGGGUCGCCUGUCCAUAUGGUUUCUACCAUUUUGAAGAAAUAAUAAAUUAUGAUUGGCACAAUGCCAGUACUAUUAUUUGAAAUAAUUUUAACUUUACAUGAUCUCAUGGAUUUUGAAUUCCAUACAGUAUUAGCAUAAUAAAAGUCUGGGCCCUGUUUCAUGAAAUUUUAACUAAAAAAAAAAUCCAAAUUUUAGCAGAUACUUCAGUUUUGAUUAGCUAAGCACUAAAAUCAAUCUAAUAUAAUCCAAUCAAAUUACUAAAAUUUUUAUUUUAUCUUAGUUAAAAUUUCGUGAAACAGGCCCGUAAUUUAUGCAUUUUAUUUUAACAUAUGGUUCAAUUUUAUGUCAAUAAUUCGCUUGUGCGUAUGGGUCUUUAGCAGUGGGAGGAACAACGAUAACCUCCUUCCCAUUUCAAAUUUUUUUGAACAGUGUCUGAUAAUUGAUAUUUAGUGUUUGCUGAUUGUAUUCUGUUGUUUCUGUCUGUGUUUUGUUGCACAGUUCUCUAUUAUUUAUCUUGCAGUGAAAACGUUACAUCUAUUGAGGAAAUAAUGUGAUGUCACAGCUACAAAAGAAAAUAAUUUUCGGCAUUAGGCCUAUCAUUUAAAUUUUAGUACUAGUUUAGUAAAAUAUUUUUCUUAGGAUGUUUUUAAUACAUGAAAUAUUUGAAUGUUUUUAAAAUGAAAUAAAAUAUUUUUCUAUUAAAUGUUUUGGAUGAAAUAAAAAAUAAAAUAAUUUUCGGCAUUAGGCCUGUUUUUAAAAUGAAAUAAAAUUUUUCGUAUUAAAUGUUUUGGACCAUAUAAAAAAUAAAAUAUUUUUGUACUAGCUGAUUUGAAUACAUAGUAAAAUAUUUUUGUACUAGCUGUUUUGAAUAAACAGCCUCACUGUUGGCUUGUUUAUUUUGUCAUAAUGUAUAUCUAAUAACUCCUUUGCAUAUUCUUUAUAUUUAAAAUGAUUGUUUAAUUUGCUUUAUGAAAUGUAUUAUAAAAAUAUAUAUAUUGUUGUCAAUUAUUAUACAGAAUUGAAUAUAUUAAAUGAUUUAUUUAAUUUGCUCAUUCCAGUCCCUUACGAAAUGUAUUAUAAAAAUAUAUAUAUAUUGCUGUCAAUUAUUAUACAGAAUUAAAUAUAGUAAAUAAUUAAUUAAUUUC